AUGCCUGAAAAACGUUCUAUUCGAAUUGGUAACUGCUCUGGCGCGGGCGGCGAUGGGCCUGAUCAGUUGUAUCGCCUGGCCACCGAAGGUCCCAUUGACGCCAUUUUCGGAGACUAUCUCGCCGAGGUGAACAUUGCCUGGAGGGCUCUCGAGAUGCAAGAGGACCCCGAGCUUGGGUACGAAAGGGGUUUUCUCACCCACCUGAACCACAAGAACGCUGCCGAGAUCAUCGCGGAGAAGAACAUCAAGCUGGUCAACGAUGCUGGAGCCUUGAAUCCUUAUGGGCUAUAUAAGGCGACAAAGGAGCUACUCAAAAGCAAGGGCUUAUCACAUGUGCAGGUUGCUUGGGUUGAAGACAUCCAGGGACAGGAUCUUAUAGCAAUAACGAAUCGUAUUCUGUCGGCAAACGCAUACAUUGGGUGCAGGGGGAUUGUGGCCGCACUGAAUGCUGGUGCUCAGAUUGUGAUCUGUGGGCGAUGCUGCGAUGCCUCUCCUGUCAUGGGACUGGCUUCCUGGUGGCAUGGAUGGACUGAUACAGACUUCGACCAGCUGGCUGGCAGUCUUAUUGCAGGGCAUUUGACCGAGUGCGGACCAUACACCACGGGUGGCAACUUCUGUGGCUUUAAGUCAAUUCCAAACCUAGUCAAUGUUGGGUAUCCCAUUUGUGAGAUCUCCGAGGACGGUAGCUGUGUCAUUACAAUGCACGAAGGAAGCAACGGAGCCGUGACCGUAGACACGGUCAAGGCCCAGCUCGUAUACGAGAUCCAAGGACCCCUGUACCUUAACCCUGACGCAGUGGCCCAUCUCGAGGAUAUCCAAGUCAUCGAAGACGCACCAAAUCGGAUUUUUGUUACAGGGGUCAAGGGAAGCGCCCCGCCACCAACCACAAAGCUGGCGGUAUGCAGCUUUGGUGGGUAUCAGGCCGAGAUUGCAACCUUCAUUGUGGGCCUAGAUGUCAAGGAAAAGGCAGAGCUGCAGAGGAAACAGAUCCUUGAUAAUCUUGAUCGCUCGAAGUUCUCGCAGGUGACGAUUGAUACGUAUGGGUCUGUGCCAGAGGAUCCGCUUUCACAGAAGGAUGCCACAGUAUAUCUUCGCCACUUUGUGCAGGCCCCAACCAAAGAAGCCAUUCAAGUCUUUACAGAGAUAUUCCUGUUCUACGGAAUGCAAGGCUAUGGAGGUUUCCACCCACACAUGGAUUUCCGGACUUUGGCCCCUAAGCCCUACGUUCGAUAUUUCCCUUACCGAUAUGAACAGUCAGAGCUGAAGCUUCGCGUUCAUUCCGACAACAAAAACCCGAUUGCAGUGUCGCCAGUUCAAAUAACCGCCCCCUUCGGGGGGCAGAAGUCGUAUGAGGCCGCCAAUCCCGCGCCCUUGGCCUCGUUUGGCCCUACGAAGAAAGCGCCGCUGGGAUCGAUUGUUCUCGCAAGAUCAGGCGACAAGGGUGGAAAUGCCAAUGUCGGGCUCUGGGUUCGUCAUGAUGAUGAGUGGCCCUGGCUGCAGUCCUUCUUAUCCACCGGGAGCUUUAAGGAGCUUUUGGGUAACGACUACCGCCCAGAUUACAGGGUAGAGCGGUUUGAGCUACCGCACCUGCAUGCAGUCCACUUUGUGACCUAUGGCAUUCUUGAGGAAGGCGUGAGCAGCUCCUCAAUAAUUGACGGCUUUGCCAAGAGCUUCGGUGAAUUUUUACGUGCACGGAAGGUGGACAUCCCAGAACAGUUCCUGGGUCGACCCUGGGUGUAA